AUAGUAGCCUAUGCCAGGACUAGAGGGGCCCUGGACCAUCAUGGAUCCGUGAAUAACGGCCAUUCGACUUUGGACCUCGGGCCUUUGGGUUUGGUCAUGUCACUGCUUACAAUUUACUGUCCAUAACGUUCAACAUCGUCAACCAUCAAGCGUAUAUACCCUUUUCUGAUCAUACAAUCGACUGACUGGCUCAGACUUCCUCCAACAUGGCCGGCUUGAAUCCUCUAGAAAACACACACUCACACCACAAUACACACCCGGUCUCCCAGAAAACCUUCCCCAUCGCUGGCAUCCUUACCACGGUCUACGGGCUAGAUGAGCUGCCUCCAGACAUUUAUGAGGUCGCAUGUGUCUGGCUCUUGCAUCCAAGACUACAAACCAAAAAUACAAUGGACGCAAUUGCAUCACAAUUGCUAUAUACAUGGGAUAGCAGGAAGAAAGCGGCCGAGGGCUCGACCAGCCACCUCAAAGGCCUUAUUGCAGUGUCAUUCGACCAAAGAAAUCAUGGAAGCCGUCUGGUAGAUAAGGUCGCCAAUGAAGCAUGGCGUAAUGGGAACCCACGCCAUGCUCAGGACAUGUUUAGUUGCUAUCAUGGCACAGCCCAAGACACGUCUCUACUUCUCUCCUAUCUUCCCGCAUACGCUUUCCCUACCAACAGUCAUAGAAUCAUGUCGAACUUCGUGCUCGGUGUGUCCCUUGGUGGACAUGCUGCCUGGCAUUGCAUUCUAUUCGAGCCUCGCAUAACUGCGGCAGUGAUAGUGAUAGGAUGUCCCGAUUAUACCAGCGUUAUGACACACCGCGCAGAAAAGUCCAAAUUAAGGACAUGGACGGAGACUAGUCCACCAGGAUCCGAGUUCUUGGGAUCACCAGACUUUCCGCCAGCACUGAUGGAAGCGAUCCGGCAAUGGGAUCCAGCUAGUUACCUCAGUGAGGGUAAUAAAAGCGAAGAAGUCGUUGGAGAUCUGAAACAUCGCUUUAGCGAAAAGGUAAAACAGCAUCUGUCCGGAAAGCGCAUCUUGAACCUAUCUGGCGGCGCUGACAAGCUCGUACCUUACUCGGCUGGGCGUCAGUUCCUGAAGAAUCUCAAGGAGAGUUUAGAUAACCAGGAUGACACAGUUCAAGAUGCUAUACACUUCGAGGACGUCAUCUACGACGGCGUUGGGCACCAAAUGACAACAGAGAUGUCUGUCAAAGCCGUAGACUUCCUUUGCAAGGCGAUGAAUGGCGGGAAAGAUCUGCCUGUUUCAAAUCCCUCCUCUGAGCGUAGCAAGAUAUAGUCUAUGGCAGUUCUAGCUAUCGGUAUCCACUACAUCGUGCUUAAGGUCUAGGCCGCAUUGUUCAAUUAAGAAGGUGAGAUCCAACAGCUUUUUUAAAGCAUUCCUCAGACUUUGGCCGAUGAUCUUUACAGCUGUACAGCCUACAAUGAACAUUGUCUAGCAAACAAUCUUCACAAGUCUGCUCUAGCGAUUUCAAGAUCUCGGGCCAGUUCGUCGACAUUCAUCAUUCGCAACACACAUAUCAACAAAUCAUAAGCGUGA